AUGUCUGCUGUUCCUCAAUAUACCGUUUCAGAUUACUCAAAAUUCGCUUUAGCUGGUGCUAUUGGUUGUGGUGUUACCCACGGUGCCAUGACUCCAAUUGAUGUCGUUAAAACUAGAAUUCAAUUAGAUCCAGUUACCUACAACAAAGGUACCAUUGGUUCUUUCAGACAAGUUAUUGCCAACGAAGGUGCUGGUGCUUUAUUAACUGGUUUAGGUCCAACUGUUGCCGGUUACUCUUUACAAGGUGCUUUCAAAUUCGGUGGUUACGAAUUAUUCAAAAAAACUUUUAUUGAUUUCUUGGGUUAUGAAACUGCUUCAAAAUAUAAAAACUCAAUCUACAUUGGUUCUGCUGCCAUUGCUGAAUUCUUUGCUGAUAUUGCUUUAUGUCCAUUAGAAGCUACCAGAAUUCGUUUAGUUUCUCAACCAACUUUUGCUAAUGGUUUAAUUGGUGGUUUCGGUAGAAUCUUGAAAGAAGAAGGUGUUGGUUCUUUCUACAAUGGUUUCACCCCAAUCUUAUUCAAACAAAUUCCAUACAACAUUGCUAAAUUCUUGGUUUACGAAAGAGCUGCUGAAUUAUACUAUGGUUUCAUCCCAACUAAAAAAUCUGAAUUAUCUCAAUCCAUGCACACUGUUGUUAACUUAGCUUCCGGUUUAACUGCCGGUUUCGCUGCUGCCAUUGUUUCUCAACCAGCUGAUACUUUAUUAUCAAAAGUUAACAAAACUAAAAAAGCUCCAGGUCAAUCCACUAUUGGUUUAUUAGGUUCAUUAGCUAAACAAUUAGGUUUCGUUGGUUCUUUUGCCGGUUUACCAACCCGUUUAGUUAUGGUUGGUACUUUAACCUCACUACAAUUCACCAUCUACGGUUCAUUAAAACCAGCUUUGAACUGUCCUCCAUCCGUUGAAAUUGGUGGUAAAGGUCACUAA